CUGGGGUUACAUCCGAGCACUCGCCUCCCAGAAGAUCGGUCCGGCGAACGAAGCCCAUCGACGUGUCCGUAUGCCUGCGACCGCCUUCAUCUCCACACCUCGAAGGCGAUGAGGCUCAGAAAUGGAACUGUGGCCACCGCAAUCAUCUUCUUCACGUCGUUCCUAAGCCUCUCCUGGUACACCGCAUGGCAGAAUGGCAGAGAGAAACUAAUAGCCUACCAGCGGGAGUUCCACGCUUUGAAAGAACGCCUUCGCGUGGCUGAGCACAGGACGCUGCAGCGCUCCUCGGAGCUGAACACCAUCCUGGAGCAGUUCAGACGAGCAAUCGCCGAAACCAAUAGCAGCAAAGAUGCUCUCACAACCUUCUCAGACGAGACACAGAAACUACUGAAAGAGCUCGCCAACAGAAAGCCUCUCCAGGUGCCAAACAUCUACCACCACCUGCCUCACCUCCUCAACAAUGAGGGCAGCCUGCAGCCCGCAGUGCAGGUCGGCUUGGGCCGCACCGGAGUUACUAUGGUGAUGGGGAUUCCCACAGUGAAGCGGAAGGUGAAGUCCUACCUGUCAGAGACACUGCGAUCGCUGAUAGACAAGCUAUCACCAGAGGAAAAACUUGACUGCGUCAUCAUUGUGUUUAUUGGGGAGACUGACGUGGACUAUGUUCAGAGUGUGGUUGCCGGCCUGGAGAAAGAGUUUUCUACAGAGCUCAGCUCAGGCUUGCUGGAGGUAAUCUCCCCACCAGCCGCCUAUUACCCUGAUCUCACCAACCUCAAAGAGACUUUUGGAGACUCCAAAGAAAGAGUCAGAUGGCGAACAAAGCAGAAUUUGGAUUAUUCCUUCCUCAUGAUGUAUGCAGUGAGCAAAGGGGUUUAUUAUGUGCAGUUGGAGGAUGACAUCGUGGCCAAACCCAACUACUUUGCCACUAUGAAAAACUUUGCCCUGCAGCUGUCGUCGGAGGACUGGAUGAUCCUGGAGUUCUCUCAGCUUGGCUUCAUCGGGAAAAUGUUUCAGGCUUCAGACUUGAACCUCAUUGUUGAGUUCAUCCUCAUGUUCUACAAAGAGAAGCCUAUUGACUGGCUGCUGGAUCAUAUUCUCUGGGUCAAAGUCUGCAAUCCUGAGAAAGACGCGAAACACUGCGAGCGACAGAAGUCCAGCCUUCGUGUGCGGUUUAGACCAUCACUGUUUCAACACGUGGGGCUCCAUUCUUCUCUUGCUGGAAAGAUUCAGAAACUCACAGACAAGGAUUUCCUGAAGCCUUUGCUUCAUAAGAUGCAUGUUAAUCCCCCAGCUGAGGUCUCCACUUCAAUGAAGGUGUAUCAGGGUCAUACAUUGGAAAAGACAUACCUAGGAGAGGAUUUCUUCUGGGCCAUCACUCCUACAGCAGGAGACUACAUCCUCUUCAAAUUCGAUAGGCCGGUUAGCAUAGAGAGGUUCCUGUUUCGCAGCGGUAACCAGGAACACCCAGGGGACAAGAUCGAGAACACUACAGUGGAAAUACUGCCUGUCUCGGAAAGCGGACUGCAGACUAAAGACAAGUACAAGCGAACUGAAGACCGCUUCUAUAGGAUUGGUCACUUUGAGAAAGGUGUGGCAGAGGGGGCAGUCGAUCCUUCCUUCAACCCUGCACUGGCCCUCCGGCUCUCAGUUCUCAAAGACUCUGCUGUGUGGGCCAUCCUUAGUGAGAUUCAUAUAAAGAGGAUAUCUGGCUGACUGCUCAGGACAAGGUACAUGAGUUAUGGCCCCUGGAGGACCAAAAUCUUCUAGACUGCUUACGCAAGGUCUCUGGCACCUAGCAACCAGCAGUGAAGUCAUUAGAGCUGCUCGUCCCAGCUUGUCUGAGGAACACCACCUCUCUGUCCCCGCUCUUUCCUGCGUCCUUUAUGUUGCUUCUCAUUGAUCAGUUUACUCCCUUUCUUUCUCCAUCUUUCGUCACAACCCUGUGCCCCUCCUUAAUUUGCAAGAAUGUGAAUGCUACUGUCGGCAGAACAGCAGUGGAGGGUGUGAGGACGGCCGUUCCCGGCUAAGACCCCAAAAGGGACUGUGGUGUUCAGAAGCUUUGAAAACAAUCAGACAACUCCUGACUGAGGUUGAGUCUUCACAUCUGGUGAGAACCAGUCGGCUGGCCACUUGGUGUUCAUGCUGCCAAAUCCCUCUCUGCUACUCAAUGCUGCCACACUUAGGCACGCUGGGGCAUUGCACUGUCACUAGCGCCUCAGCAAAGCCUGUGAUCGUCAAGAAUGUUGUCAUAACUGAUGGCCAGUUGCUCUCCGUUCUCAGCAGAAAUGAUGGAGCACUAGAUCAACACCAGCCUAUACAAAAAAAAAGUAACACUUUCCUCACUCCCAUCAAAAAGCGUGAAUACAUAUACUGAAAAACCAACUCACAAUGUUCCAAAACUUCACCUGUAGCCAGCUGGUGACAACCUGGACCAUAGGGCAGUAUCAGUGGUAUCCAUCAAGAAAAUAAGUUCAAUGAUAUUACAUCUGUCUUGCCUCUUGUUUGACAGACUGUGUUCAACCUCAGUGUCCAUUUUUAGAAAAUUAAUCGGACUUUGCCUUGGCAACAUUUUCCUGAAGGAAUAUAUUGUUAUAUUGAUAUAUUAUUACAACCAUGACGAUCUAUGAAGGUGACUUAAUUUAUUUGAAAUAAAUCUUUCAUUUGUACAAGAGGUAAAAUAUAUUUUUAUUCUACUAAGAGAUGUUUAUGGUAGUUGAGUCUGUUUUUGUGUACUUUUUUGCUUCUUUUUUGUUCUAAAUCUAAAGUGCAUCUGUAAAGUUUUAUUUUAUGGUAAUGGAUACUUGCAAAGAUUGAUCUGAAAUAAUUUAUUUUCUAUUAGGAAAGGGUAGGAAAGUUGUGAGUAGAGUCUGUUAAAGUCAAUGUGGAUGUGGGUCUAAAAUAGAAAAAUGUGCCUUAUAUCCAGAUCUUUUGAAGUUGCCCCCACAUCAUUAUAGCUUGUUCUCCCACACCUUUUCCUACAUAUGAAUUGCUGGAUAUAGUCAUAAUUUAAACUUCAAUUUAGGAUUGGACAGUAAGGACAAUAUUUUUAAGACUGAGUGAAAGAAAUUAUGGUUUUAUCAGUUUACCACAUGAAAUGGCAAAUUUGCACGGCCCUUUUUUUUCUUGCUUGUUUGAUUACAUCAAUCGCCAUUGUACCUCAUUUUCCAUCUUCCUAACUUUUAUUCAAUUGCAAUUAAUUUAGUCUUUCUGCUUUUUUAAACUAACACAAUGUUAUGACUACUGAUUAUUGCAGAGUGCCACUGACUGUACAUAUAUAUAAAUGGCAACGAGCAAAGUUUCUUUCUAGCAGUCUCUUUUGCUUUGUAGUAGUUUAUUCAAAUCAACCUGGCAUCUUUUCUGUAUGUUGCCAAUGUUGUGGCUGUGAUACUUAAAUGAUCUCACAUGUUAGUUCUAUUUUUUUCCUCAGUUAGUGAAGUGCCUUUUGGUAGAAUUGAUAUGAAAUUGGUCAAUUCUUGCUUAUCAUGCUUCUUUGCAUGCAUGACUAUUAAAUGUAAUUUCUAAGGAUGUUCUUUCUCCUCCACCCCUGAUCAAAUAAUCUACUCUCUGUCUUUACUCACUUCGUUCUCUGGCUCUUCAUCACUGUCCUUUAAAUGGUUGAAGAUGGCAGGAAAUUAACAAUAUUUGUUUUCAAAGGAAAUUUCAGUUGGACUAAUACAAAUUCCAUUCCCUUGCUUUCCCAUAUCCAUAUACAGAAUAGGAUUGCAUGUAAGGGGCAUGGAAUUGUCAUGUGAUCCAUGGGAAUCCCCUGCCCCAUUCUCUGGAAUGUGGGACAGGAGAUGGAAAAACAAAGGACUUUCAUUCAACAGCCUCUAGCAACUCAUCAAUUCAUGUGCCUUCAUUGUGUACAUGUGUAUGCCUGACUAAUGAUUUUUGUCAUUAUUUCUCAUGGACAUAUUGAAAAUAAAAGAGAAAAGUUAGUGGAAAUCAUGGUCAUCAUUGUGUUGUCAUUUUGAUAAUUUUUCAUCAGCCAUACCAUCUGC